AUGAUGAAGCUUUUCAUUGCCAUUUUAUUGAUAUCCACUACAACAGCUCUUCAAUUCGACGAGAUUUGCGAUAGAUGCGUGAAAAUGGUGCAAAAAUUGCGCUCGAUUCCCAACGAACACUGGGCGCAAUCGUACGUUCAACACAUUUGCUUUGAGUCCUACAUCCGAUGUUCACAUGGGAACAAGUUUUGUUCUCUAUAUUUCUUGACACCAAAUGUUGUGUACCGAUUGCAACAAGAGAUCGCGUCUGGUGCCCGUGACGCUCAGGUGUGCGAUCGUGUGCUUGAAAUCUGCAAGAUCAAU